CUUGCCUUUUCCCCCGAAGAAGCAGACCACCACCACCUCAUUCAAUCAGCAGUCCUCAUUUUCUCAGAGGGGGAAGGGAGGAAGAGGUUGCGUGUUCGCGGAGAAGCAGAAGACCAAACCCUCUCCUCCUCGAGCGGGCGGAGAGGGAGGAGGGGCGCGCGGAGGACGAAGGCCACCAGCAGCCAGCCGCGUCGACUCGAGCCGCCGGCCAAGAUUAAGCAAACAUCUGAUCAGACUGUACAUGAGUCAUGGCUGGGCAUCAUUAUCACAAUUCCCAGAUGUCAAGAAUGGAUCGUACGAACCAGCCACGUAAUGAACCUCCGCCUUUUGGUCAAAAGUUAUUUGUGCAUCCUAGAGGUGAUGCACCUAAUGGAGCGGGACCAUCAGGUUAUGGGGUUACAACUGUGAGAUCUAAUGAACUUCCAUCCUCAAGCUACACUGGUCAGUCUUAUGGUCAGCAGAUUGGAGCCCCUGGAACCUUGCAUGCCUCCCAUGCUGGUUAUCCUCCUGCUGGAAGCUCUAGUAGCAGCUAUGCACCAUACAAUACUCAACAUGUGCCUUCUUUAAGCUAUCCACGUAGAUCCGAGGAUAGUUUUAUUCCUGGAGUCCAUGUGGAUGACAGAAGGGUUGCACCGAAGCGGAGAAAUCCCAUCACUCAUCCUGUGGAUGGUAUAAGUGCUGGAGGCUAUUAUCCUGGCAGUUCUUCCAAUAAUCAGAUCUCUGGUUACAUGCCCCUGAAUCCUGUUCCUACUCGUGAAACCUGCCCUCCACAAAUAAGUUCAAACAUGGGUUCCAGCCACUGGAACGAUCAUCAGUUUCUUAAUCAUGAAGGAUCUCAGAGGAAUGUGAGGGGACGCCAUGAUCAUAGUUCUAUCCAUUCGGAAUAUAAUUCGUCUACAGCUUGCCCAUCAAGCAGUGUUCAUGUGCCACCAUACCAUCCAAAUGCAAAUGCUCCUUUUGGUGCACCAGUACAGCGGGAAAGAGCUCCUUUAUCUCUACCUCCCAGAAUUGUUCCUCCAGGGACAGAUGGAAGCACUGGCAUAGCAUUCAGAGAGAGGCCAUUCUAUCCUGCUCCACAGAGCACCAACAUAAGUGCUCCUGUGCCACCACUUCCUGGUUCUUCUGACGGUGCACCAUUUGCUCGCAUUGGAUACACUCCUAGACCAGUUCAUCAUAACGCUGGCCACAAUUAUCCACCGCCAGCUUUUACAACUUCUUCCAACUCUGGAGCAGUUCGGUGUGAGCCUGCUAACCCUCGCUAUCAACCUGCCAUGCCCAGCUAUCCUCCUGCUACCGCUGCAGCAUCAUCAAGUGUCCAGCCAUUACAUGCCGAAGCUGCUGCAUCUUUUAGACAGCCAAGGCACGUCUCUGUGGGGCAUGGUGGUAGUGCAAGGAGUAGAAGGAUGAGGGAUUCCUAUCAUUGCUUUCAUCCUUUGAUGAUCGAGGAGAAUAACCUAGGAAGAUCGGCAGCUGAGCGUUUUAUGAUGCUGGACCAGUUGGUCAUCCACGAAUCUAGAGAAGCAUUAGAUCCUCACUGGGACAUGAGACUGGACAUUGAUGACAUGAGCUAUGAGGAGCUCCUGGCGUUGGAAGAACGAAUUGGCAAUGUAAACACUGGCCUGGCUGACGAAAAAAUCUCAGGCUGCGUGAUGGAGCUAGCCUGUCGUAAUUCUGCCCGUACACAGAAUGAUCAAGACAAGGAAAGGUGCAUAAUUUGCCUGGAGGAAUACAAGCACAAGGACUCCCUUGGGAAGCUGAAAUGUGGGCAUGACUUCCAUGCGGGCUGCAUCAAGAAGUGGCUGGAGGUGAAGAACGCCUGCCCGGUUUGUAAAGCCGACGCCGCAAAUGAAACCACCUGAGGGACCAAGUAGUGCGCCCCUCCACAUUUAUCCUAGUUCAGGAAUUUCAGUUAUAUCUGCUCAUUGUGCUGCUCAAGUUGUCUGUGUAAAUAAUAAUUAAAGUCCUAAAGUUAGGAUUGUUUUGUGAACUCAAAACAUCGUGCCCGAUGUAAGUAUGAAUCUUUAAGCAAGUUAUCGAUUAGUUAUCCAAA